AUGAAGUACAUCCCAUUACUGGAGGCCAAGCUGUAUGAUCCUGUAAUACUGAAGGCUCCUUUUAACAUAUUCUGUGGUAUCCAGACUAAUGAAGGGCCACCUUUCAUUAAUGGUCCAUGUGUUUCCACCAAGGUCCCAAGAGGUCAAUGCUCCGAGGAAUGUCUUCCAGGGUUCAGAAAAUCUGUAAGAGAAGGAUAUCACCCAUGUUGUUAUAAUUGUGCUCCAUGUUCAGAAGGAGACAUAUCAAACCAAUCUGACAGUGAACUCUGCAAGAAGUGUCCUGAAAAUGAAUGGCCUAACAAAGCUAAAACUAUUUGUAGUGACAAGGUCAAUGAGUAUUUAUCAUACGAGGAGGACAUUCUAGUUUUAUUUUUUUCUAUAACUUCAAUCAUAUUUGCUACAACAUCUCUCCUUAUACUUGGACUAUUUGUUUGGUUUCGGAGCACUCCCAUAGUCAGAGCCAAUAACCGGAACCUCAGCUUCAUUCUGCUCCUCUCCCUCAUACUGGGCUUCCUUUCUGUAUUCCUGUUCCUUGGCCGUCCUGUGGAUAUUACCUGUAUGCUGCAACAAGUCACUUUUGGAGUUUCCUUCACCAUCUCAGCAUCUUCUAUCCUCGCCAAAACCAUCACGGUCUUCAUUGCUUUUAAAGCCACCAGACCUGGAAGUUCUUGUAGAAAAUGGGUGGGAGUCAAACUUCCCAAUACAGUCAUGUUAUUCUGCUCAUCCAUUCAGGUUAUGAAUUGCAUUCUCUGGUUGUCCAUCUCUCCACCAUUUCAGGAGUAUGACAUGGACUCCUAUGCUGGGAAGAUCCUCAUUCAGUGUAAUGAAGGGUCAGUUAUCGGCUUCUACUCUAUGUUGGGUUAUUUGGGGUUUCUGGCAGCUGUGAGUUUUCUUCUGGCUUUCAUGGUGAGGACAUUACCGGACAGUUUUAAUGAGGCCAAGUACAUCACCUUCAGCAUGCUGGUGUUCUGCAGUGUCUGGAUCGCCAUGAUCCCGGCCUAUCUGAGCACCAGAGGGAAAUACAUGGUGGCUGUGGAGAUAUUUGCCAUACUGACCUCCAGUGCUGGAAUAUUAUUGUGUAUGUUUUCUCCAAAACUCUACAUUUUACUUUUCAAACCUGAACUGAACACAAGAGGGACAAUGCUGGGGAAGAGAAUGAUGUAAAUGUAACACAUUGAUUCAAUGUAUAAUGCUGUAGAUCAGAUUAAACAAAUUCAGUC